GAAACACAGAGGGGUCUUCUCUCGCCCUGCAUAUAAUUAGCCUGCACACAAAGGGAGCAGCUGAAUGGAGGUUGUCACUCUCUGGAAAAGGAUUUCUGACCGAGCGCUUCCAAUGGACAUUCUCCAGUCUCUCUGGAAAGAUUCUCGCUAAUGGAUUUCCUGCUGCUCGGUCUCUGUCUACACUGGCUGCUGAGGAGGCCCUCGGGGGUGGUCUUGUGUCUGCUGGGGGCCUGCUUUCAGAUGCUGCCCGCCGCCCCCAGCGGGUGCCCGCAGCUGUGCCGGUGCGAGGGGCGGCUGCUGUACUGCGAGGCGCUCAACCUCACCGAGGCGCCCCACAACCUGUCCGGCCUGCUGGGCUUGUCCCUGCGCUACAACAGCCUCUCGGAGCUGCGCGCCGGCCAGUUCACGGGGUUAAUGCAGCUCACGUGGCUCUAUCUGGAUCACAAUCACAUCUGCUCCGUGCAGGGGGACGCCUUUCAGAAACUGCGCCGAGUUAAGGAACUCACGCUGAGUUCCAACCAGAUCACCCAACUGCCCAACACCACCUUCCGGCCCAUGCCCAACCUGCGCAGCGUGGACCUCUCGUACAACAAGCUGCAGGCGCUCGCGCCCGACCUCUUCCACGGGCUGCGGAAGCUCACCACACUGCAUAUGCGGGCCAACGCCAUCCAGUUUGUGCCCGUGCGCAUCUUCCAGGACUGCCGCAGCCUCAAGUUUCUCGACAUCGGAUACAAUCAGCUCAAGAGUCUGGCGCGCAACUCUUUCGCCGGCUUGUUUAAGCUCACCGAGCUGCACCUCGAGCACAACGACUUGGUCAAGGUGAACUUCGCCCACUUCCCGCGCCUCAUCUCCCUGCACUCGCUCUGCCUGCGGAGGAACAAGGUGGCCAUUGUGGUCAGCUCGCUGGACUGGGUUUGGAACCUGGAGAAAAUGGACUUGUCGGGCAACGAGAUCGAGUACAUGGAGCCCCAUGUGUUCGAGACCGUGCCGCACCUGCAGUCCCUGCAGCUGGACUCCAACCGCCUCACCUACAUCGAGCCCCGGAUCCUCAACUCUUGGAAGUCCCUGACAAGCAUCACCCUGGCCGGGAACCUGUGGGACUGCGGGCGCAACGUGUGUGCCCUAGCCUCGUGGCUCAGCAACUUCCAGGGGCGCUACGAUGGCAACUUGCAGUGCGCCAGCCCGGAGUACGCACAGGGCGAGGACGUCCUGGACGCCGUGUACGCCUUCCACCUGUGCGAGGAUGGGGCCGAGCCCACCAGCGGCCACCUGCUCUCGGCCGUCACCAACCGCAGUGAUCUGGGGCCCCCUGCCAGCUCGGCCACCACGCUCGCGGACGGCGGGGAGGGGCAGCACGACGGCACAUUCGAGCCUGCCACCGUGGCUCUCCCAGGCGGCGAGCACGCCGAGAACGCCGUGCAGAUCCACAAGGUGGUCACGGGCACCAUGGCCCUCAUCUUCUCCUUCCUCAUCGUGGUCCUGGUGCUCUACGUGUCGUGGAAGUGUUUCCCAGCCAGCCUCAGGCAGCUCAGACAGUGCUUUGUCACGCAGCGCAGGAAGCAAAAGCAGAAACAGACCAUGCAUCAGAUGGCUGCCAUGUCUGCCCAGGAAUACUACGUUGAUUACAAACCGAACCACAUUGAGGGAGCCCUGGUGAUCAUCAACGAGUAUGGCUCGUGUACCUGCCACCAGCAGCCCGCGAGGGAAUGCGAGGUGUGAUUGUCCCAGUGGCUCUCAACCCAUGCGCUACCAAAUACGCCUGGGCAGCCGGGACGGGCCGGCGGGCACCAGGCUGGGGUCUCCUUGUCUGUGCUCUGAUAUGCUCCUUGACUGAAACUUUAAGGGGAUCUCUCCCAGAGACUUGACAUUUUAGCUUUAUUGUGUCUUAAAAACAAAAGCGAAUUAAAACACAACAAAAAACCCCACCCCACAACCUUCAGGACAGUCUAUCUUAAAUUUCAUAUGAGAACUCCUUCCUCCCUUUGAAGAUCUGUCCAUAUUCAGGAAUCUGAGAGUGUAAAAAAGUUCUGUCAACAGAUUCAGUCCCCAGUCCUCCUUCUCUGAGCAGACCUCUCACCCGCAGCAUAUACCUGCUAGAUCUUCUAAGAGCUGAAAUGGAGACUUCUGGAAGAAGGUGGGAAAGAAAUCCAUCUCGGCUUAAUUAACCAUUUAUCGCAUCAUAUUACUCCCAUCUUAAAAGUGCACGCGUUGUUUUUCUGAACCCUCACACAAAGGCUACUACUGUGGUCCCAUAUCUGUCGGCCCAUGAGAAACAGUGUUCUUGGACCUCACAGCCAAGCAGCAAUGAACUGCAGCAAAAUCCAGCAACACAUUCAGCAGCGAGCAGCCUGCUGAGCUCCACUGGUUUAUCCGGGGCCACCAACCCCAAAGAAUUGGGAUGAAAGCAGAUGUGAGAGAGGAAAAGGAUCUGUUUUUGUUUUAUUUUCUACCAGGCCCAGCUCUUUGUGGGGGGAAUAAAAAAGAAGAAAAAUCGAGCUCCAAGCUGGUGCCCUGCCAAGCUUCCUCCCCUCCCUUCCUAGUCCAAGCACUCCACCGUCUGUGCAGACUGCAUAACAGCAAUUUCUGGAAACAGGCUGAAGAAUCUGGGCCAGUCCAGAGGCAGUGGAUUCCUGGUUUAUGUGUGGUGGGGUUUUUAGGAAUUUUAUUUUUCACCUUAAUUCUUUCAACAACUGCCAGCUGUUUGA